UUGCAAACAAAACGUGCUGACAAUUGUUUAUGCUCAAAAAUUACAAUUUAAACAAGACAGCAUGUCUGAAUUAAGCGACUAUAAAGUUGUGCCGCUGCGCAUGACGCCCGAUGCACAACAUUGUCACAGCGUUUACAUGCGUGAGCAUUUCAUACGUUUGAUGGAUCCGAAUAAACCAAAGGGCCGCACGCUCUUUAUGCUCAAUGUGCCACCCUAUGUAACUGAGGCUGCCUUGAGCACAUUCUUCUCGAAGCUGGGCAAGGUGGAGAGCGUGCUGUUUGCUGCAAAACCAGGACGCGAUGAGACUCAAAAGUGGUACGAGGGCCUGGAUGAGCCCUUCUCAUACAAAGAGGCGCCAUUUAAAUUCAAAGUAGCCUAUGUAGUGUUUCAACGCAGCAGCGGCGUAGCCAAGUCUUUGGUUAUACAGAGCAUCGAUUUGUUCAACAGCAGCGGCGAAAGUUUGGUCAAAACCGGCGUCGAGCUAUGGCACGACAACUACAUGAACCACUACCUAAUGGACAUGGACGAAACGCAGAAAAAGAUUGACGCCUACAUGGCUGACUAUGAUAAACGCGAGCGUGCCGCGCAGCUGGCAGCGAAAACAACGCAGGCGGAUGCAGAUGGCUGGAUAACAGUUGGCAAGGAUGGACAGGGCUUUGCGCAAACGGAAACGACAGUUGAACGCGUUGAGGAGCGAAUUAAGAAAGAUAAGAAGUCGAAGGAGCUAAAGAACUUUUAUACGUUUCAAAUACGCGAAAGCAAAAUGCAAAAUGUUAUUGAAUUGCGUAAAAAGUUUGAGGAGGAUAAACAUAGAAUUGAGGUGCUUAAGAAAACGAGACGCUUCAAGCCUUUCUAAGUAUAGUAAGUACUUUUAAGUAAAUAAAAUAAUUGUGUU